AUGGCAAUGAAUGGUAAUGUAUUUUCAAGAGUAGAUGAUUCUCAUCAUCAUGAGAUUCAUGUUCUUGCUGUGGAUGAUAGUCUUGUUGAUAGGAAAGUCAUUGAGAGGCUGCUCAAAAUCAUUUCAUGUAAAGUGACAGCAGUUGAUAGUGGAAGAAAGGCCUUGCAGUUUUUGGGAUUGGAUGAAGGAGGAAAUUUGGUUGGUAUUGAUGGGUUUAAAGUAGAUCUGAUAAUUACAGACUAUUUCAUGCCUGGGAUGAGUGGCUAUGAGUUGCUGAAAAAGAUUAAGGGUUCAUCUAAUUUCAAAGAAGUACCAGUUGUUAUAAUGUCAUCAGAAAAUGUCUUGGCUCGAAUUGAGAGAUGUCUAGAAGAAGGUGCCGAGGAUUUCAUUGUGAAGCCCGUAAAAUUGUCUGACGUAAGACGUCUCAAGAACUAUAUGUUUCGCGAAAAUCGUAUAAGCGCGCAAGAAAUUAGAGGGCCUCACGAGAGAAAAUCACAAGAGAUUUCCCCAAAUUCGCCCUCCUAA